CCCAAAUGGCGAGCUUCGACCUUGCAUCACGAUUAACGUCAACAUAGAAAGCAGCGGCGCCAUUUCUCUCCUUCUUCUCCAUUUUUCACUCCGUUUACCGGUGGAUUCCAUAUUGUCUACCAUCUGGAAUCCAUAAACCCUAAGACAAGUUUUUGUAGGAACAAAUAAAAAAACCCAAAAAACAAUCAGAUAAUUCCAAGGAAAACAAAAAUAUACUGGAAUAAAUCUUCUUUUCGGAUAAUUUGUUUUGAAUUUUGUACAGAUUUAUUGAUUAUGUAUAGAUCUGGAGCUGUGAUGGCUUGGAACGUCUUCAAGUUCUGCACCGCCCUCCGUGGGCUGGGCUCGAUCAUGAUCCUGCUGGUCCUCGGCGUUGUCGGUGUCACUUAUUAUGUCGUUGUUAUAACCAAUUACGGCCCGAUCCUCGCCGGCGGAGGCGGAGGCGUCGGUGUUUUCGAUACACUCGUCGCUCUGUUCGUGAUCGCGCUGUUUCAUUGUUUGCUGGUGAUGCUAUUAUGGAGUUACUUUUCCGUUGUUUUUACGGAUCCGGGUAGUGUGCCGCCCAAUUGGAGGCCAGCAUUGGAUGAAGAAAGGGGGGACACUGAUCCCUUGACUGCAUCAGAAUUUGGCAGCUCUCCAGCAGAUCUGCCACGGUCAAGAAUCCGGUUUUGUAGGAAGUGCAACCAGAUGAAGCCACCUAGAUGCCAUCACUGUUCUGUUUGUGGACGGUGUGUGUUAAAAAUGGAUCAUCAUUGUGUGUGGGUCGUGAAUUGCGUUGGUGCUUUGAACUACAAGUAUUUCCUUCUCUUCCUGUUUUACACAUUUCUUGAGACAACCCUUGUGACAUUAUCAUUACUGCCAGACUUCAUUGCGUUCUUCACUGAUGGAGAGAUACCUGGUACUCCAGGAACUCUAGCAACGACUUUUCUUGCUUUUGUGUUGAAUCUUGCUUUUGCUUUGAGUGUUCUUGGAUUUCUGAUUUUGCACAUGUCAUUGGUCUCGGGGAAUACCACUACUAUUGAGGCAUACGAAAAGAAGACAACUCCAAAGUGGCGCUAUGACCUUGGUCGAAAGAGAAAUUUUGAACAGGUGUUUGGAAUGGACAGGCGGUAUUGGUUCAUCCCACGCUACUCGGUAGAAGAUUUAAGACGGACACCCGCCCUUCAUGGGCUUGAAUAUCCAACCCAGCCUGACUUGGACGCUCAGGAAUUCUAGUGAGCAGUAAUGAAGGCCACCUGCCGUGAAUGAACUUUUGAUCCUCCACACGCCCAAAUCGCCAUUUGACUAAUCAAGCAUGAGGUACAACUGUUUGAUCCUCCACAAGAACCUCGGGUUAUAUGUAAGAUAAGGAACACUAAUGUUUCGUUGUCUAACACAGCAGUGUUUUGUUUCGUUGAGAAAUGUAGAUUAAUUCAUCUCUUUGUAACAUCAUAUCGCCACCACUACGACUUUGUUGUAACACUGUGAUUACCUUUGUAGUCAGGGAAAAUAUCCUUCUUUUUCAUGCAUCAUAGUUAUUUGCACCUUUGUUGUAACACUGUAAUUACAUUUUUAGUCCCAAAAAAAACAUCCCUCCUUUUGCUA